AUGAAUCCGCCUUCGCCCCUUGCGGCCGACGGUCCCAUCCUCGGCCUCUCAGGCCGAGAGAACUCUGCUGUGCCGCCCGGCACACCCCGAGUGGAAAUGCCCGGUCGGCAGAGCACCCUGGAAGAUAGGAUGGAAGCCCUGCAGCGGGAAAUGAUCAAAAUGCAGGAACACAACAAUAUCCUCUCCUCCAAAUUGGACGACACCCAGAAACAGCUCCACGAGCAACAAUCACGUUCGGCCCAGCUGCAUGAUGGUUUGGAACAAACCCCGCAGCUUCGGCAGGAACAACCACCAAAGAGCGUAUCAAAACCUAACGACCAAAGGGCUGGAAAGCAGCCAGCUCAGGGCGGACCAUCCGCCUCCCGAAGGCUGUUUGUCCCAACUUCGGCAAAACGCCACGAGGAAUACCAAGUCUACUCCGACUGUAGCGACAGAAUCAACGCUCGACGUCGUGAACGGCGAACAACACCGAUUCCUAUCCAAGCAUAA